AAAUAACCCUUUUCGACUAGUUUUAUUAGUUUAUAUAUACAACAAAAUAAGUUGACCUCGUUUUAAAUUGUUCAGCUGACCGUUGGACAUUGUAAAAUAUCCCCAAGAAACAUUUUAUGGUUCAUGAAAAAAAAGAUUACCCUCUUCAAAACUAUAAAAUUUGUCACGGUUGAGCCUGUAAUUUUACCCCUAUUGUGAUUCAAAUACACCUUUUACGAGAAUAGAAAAAAAAUCUUGUUUCUGAUACAUUUCUUAUUCAUUUGUUAACUAGUACAGGAACAUGCAACUUGUAUAUUGAUCAAAUUUUUUCAAACUAUGAUGAACAUAGAUAAAGUUGAUAAUCGCGAGUGCAUUUUAGAUUAUGGAGCUAAAAUAGAUGCAGCUAUAAUGAAAUCACUGCAUAAAGAAUAUGGAAUAAAGCAAGGUGAAUCUAAACCGAUUACACACAUAGAUUUUGCAGUUCAAGUUAAUAAUAACCAAAAUAGCCCAACAAAAAUACAUGAACAUUUUAAAAUUGAUAACUCAGCUUCUGCAGAUAAUGAUAUUAUUGGAAUGAUGUGGGAACCAGAAUUAGAUUUUGUAGAUGAUCCAGAAUGCUUUAAUGAGUUUAAAAGUUAUGAUAUUCCAAUGAGAUUUAUGUGUGGUGUGUGUUUAGGUCAAUUUCGCACUAGAUGUGCUUUAGAUAUUCAUUUCAGAGCUCACAGAGGAGAAAAACUAUUUAAAUGUGUAUUAUGUGAUAAUAUAUUCAACGAAUUAGCUACUUUAAAACAACAUCGAGAAUUACACAACAUAAAUGAAUUGGUUACAUGUGGAAUUUGUGGAUUAGUUUUUACAGAAAUGUAUCACAUGAUAAAACAUAAAAAAAAGUAUCAUUUUAAUGAAUAAUAAAACAAUUUAUUUGUCUAUACUCUAUAGACUUGGGAAAUAAAUACAUUUAUUAUACAAUGAAA